AGAAAAUACAGGGGUUAACAAAAUAAUGGGAAAAUAGAAGGAUUGUGCUACUGGUUUUUAUCGAAGAGUUUCAUUUUGGGGAAAAACUCAGUUCAUUUUGGUAUCUAUAGGAAGACAGUGCAUCAUACGUUAGGCCGUAGCAUAGUAAUUCCAAAGGUGAUAUUGACGAGAAACGACAGAAACGUAGAGCGAACAGAAAACUCAACGUUCUAGAUUUUGAACUCCAAUAGGCCUACUAGGCUACUUGACAACAAACAAGAUGGAUGUUGAUAUUUUGAACCAAGUAAAUGUACAUGGAUAUAAAGAGAAGCAACAACAAUUAUUACAACACUUCUAGACUCGCGCAUGCGCAUUACUCAUUGACAUCACCCGGCAAGUGCUGAAUCAUGGAUGCAAAACAUAACAAACAAAACGUCAAAUAAUGUGGAAAAGGAAAACAAGUUCAAACAAAGAACAUAUCAAACAAAGACCUUUGUGAUGGUAGUGGACAACAAAAUACAGAAACACUGAUAUCUGUAAUUAAAACAUAAUCAAAAUGAUGAAGAGAUAUUUUACGGAAGGACUGGUACAGAUUGCGCUUCUGCUCAGUCUGAUGCGCACUGAUCUUGACAAUUAUUUGAGUGCUGGAAUAGUAAAUGAACAGGAUAAUCAAAUACAAGAAAUUAUUUUUGGUCAGACAUCGGGACUGACGCUACAUCAGAACUUAUUCAAUGGAGUCGGCAGCCCUAUAGCAUGGCAUCACAAAAGUGUUAACACCUUUGAUGAAUAUUACACUAAUUCAGUGUUUAGAGAUCUCAGAAAACUUUCGCAAAAUCAGAAAUCUGAUUACAAUAACAAUGUUGAAAUCACAGUGCAAUUAGUCACCCCCGACACACUAAAUCUGCCAAGUAUAAAUGACAAUAGUGCCAUACCAGAAGAUGAAAACAACAACAGUGGCACAUCAUCAAGUGCAGGUAGCCAUGACAAUGGGUCUCAGUUGCCUGAGGAGGCAGUAACACAAGAUGCUCAAUUACCCCUUCCAGAUAGUGAAUUAACAAAAGAGGACUUGGAUCUCAUUGAGGUACUUUGGCGCCAGGAUAUUGACCUUGGAGUCGGGAGGGAAGUUUUCGACAUCAAUCUUCGGAAAGAACUUGAGAAAGAGAGAGAACUCGAACUUCAAAAGCAAAAGGAGGAGCAACUCCUUCAGGAAUCACAAAAGCAAAAGGAGCUUGACCCCUAUGCAACAGGAAACUGGAUCAUAGACAGUGAAACUGGUGAGUACCUCCCUGGACCUCCCGAAGCAGAGAAUGUUCCUGUGGUUAACACAACAGAUUCAAGCCCCAACAUCACCAAUGGCAAUACACAAAAUACAAAUGAGAGUUUCUCUUCAAUGGAGGAAACGAUGCGUAUCUUGGAGAAGGAGGCUGAAGAAGGCAUGAUGAUCCUCAAUGGCACACUUAACAUUGCACAACAACAGCAACAGCCACCACAGGUGGAGCCUGUACAAAACACCAAUAUUGAGAGCACAUGGCAAGAUCUUGUCAGUGUGCUGAAUUUGACCAAUGAGAACGCAGAAGCAAAUGUAACCAUGCAGGAGUUGGCCCCUACUGUGGAUAACUCAACAGAGAAUGUGCUUCUCCAGAAUGCAUCACUCCCCCAAUUGGGCACGUUUAAUAGCAUCAACGAAACCAUGAACAGAAAUGCCCAAGCCAAUAAUUUCACAAGUGACAUCAUAGCACAAUCCUACAACUCUAGUGUCCCAUCAAUCAACAACACCGGAACAACACUUAACCUUGACACAGGAGAUCUCUUCCCUAACAUCACCAACACCACAGAGACCAAUGGGCUGUUACAAUCCAUUCUCGAGGAUGAGGGACUUGAUCCAUAUGAUCUACCUGACUUGGAUGUCGACCAAGAUAUGCAAAUGAUGGAUGAUGCUAGCAGUGACUCUGCUGUAUCAAUGGGUGGAUCUCUCUCACCAUCACAACAUUCACAGAUUAAUGAGACUGCAUCUGUCUCAUCGAAUCCAUUUGAUGGUAUGGAGGGCGCAACUGGAGGAAGCGACUACAACAAGCAGUCCAAGUACCAGGAUUAUGAGCGAUACAGCUAUGACCAGCGUUACAGUACAUCCUCCAACGAUUCGUUCCUUAAUCACUCCAUGAGUAAUGAGACGGAAUACAAGCAUAUUGUACCUGACAUGAAACACAUCCGUCACAAUCAUACCUAUCCAGAGCAGCCCCCAGUUGUAGUUGAAAGGAAGGCACCCAAGAAGAAGCCUCCCAAGAUAAAGGAGGAGCCACUGUUCUCAUCCAGAGAUGAAAAGAAGGCUAAACAAAUGAAGAUCCCUCUCACCAUGGAUCAGAUUAUUCACUCACAUGUUGAUGAAUUCAACGAUCUCCUACAAAAGCACCCUCUCAAAGAUAACCAAUUGCAACUCAUCAGAGAUAUACGCCGUCGUGGAAAGAAUAAGAUCGCUGCACAAAAUUGCAGAAAACGAAAGAUGGAUUUAAUUUGUGGUUUGGAUGAAGAAGUCCAGAAGCUGAGAGAGCAGCGAGACCAACUGGCCAAAGCCAAGCGUAUGGUUGAUAAAGAAACAAUUCAGAUGAAGGAAAAGUUUGGACACCUUUACCAAGAAGUGUUCAGUUCAUUGCGUGAUGAGAAUGGGCAGCCCUAUAACCAACAGGAUUAUUCUCUCCAGCAGUCGGCUGAUGGCAACGUUUUCCUUGUCCCUCGCAACAGGUCAACUAAUGUCACAAAUGAGCACAAGACAAAACCAUCAAGAAAACGAAAAGGUCAUAGUCGCAAUUAGGUUAUUAAAAAUUCAAUUGAGCACAGUGAAUUCAAUUCAUUAUGAUAAUAUUUGAAAAUCUAGUGUGCAUUGCUUCAUGUGCUUAGACCAUGGCUUCAAACACUUAAUUGUGGAUAGAAAUACCAAUGAACAUUCCUAAUUUAUAUCAAAAGUAUCAAGAUCUAGUUUGUAUGAUUUGUUUGUUUGUUGCAGUUGUCUGCAUUUUAGAUGUCCCUGGUCGAUAUUUGCCAGAAUGUCAGCUUUGUCAUAUUCUAUGACGCUGGUUCUACUCAUGUUCUGUUACAUAAUGUUUUUUUGUUUCCAAAAUGAAUAAGUCAUCAACAGUAAAUCCUGUACAAUGGAACACCUCUGUUAGUGGAAUA